GUUAAAAGCUCGGACAGCAAAGACGCCACUGAGCAGCAUCUCUCUCUCUCUCUCUCUCUCUCUCUCUCUCUCUCUCUGAGCAUGCAACGACAGUCUAUAGGCUCGCCUGGAACUAAGCUCCACAGCCAUGGAGGAGCGAAGGAGGGGAUGAAGCUCGAAGAAGAACAGCAAAAACGAAGGAGCGGAGGAGGAACAUCUACAGCUGAAGACGAAGAAAACAAUAAGGCCGAGAAAUUGCACAGAUCGACGGUUUCUUGGCCUGAGAAAUUCAUACAUCUGAUACCUAUCCUCACACUCUUCUGUUUAUUUGUUCUUUACCUUUGUUCUUACGAUCCAUCAACAAAAGAUUUAGCUCAUUUCAAAGACAUUCGACAUCCUUUGAAGCUCCCAGUACAGAUUUAUCUUCCGAUGCCAGCGAUCUCGGGCGAUUUCUAGAGUUGGAGAAAGGCGAUGUUUUGGCGAUCCGAAGCCAUCGGAACUUGCAGGAGCUCGGGGAAAAAGCUCGGAAAUCUCGAUUUCACAGAAAAAUUGGUGAUUUCUAAUCCGCAUUAUCUGGUUCUUCUCAAUCCUCGCCUCUUCGGCUUCCCUACUCUCCCUUCCCCUCCGCUCCGCUUUGGUUCCGCACGUGUGAAUUACAUCCACGGAUUCAAGCGUGUGGUACCGCUUUGGAUAUAUUCAUACGUGUAUCUCGAGCUUAUCUUUCACGGUUCGAGUGAUGGGUGCUAACCUGCGCCGCAAGUACUAUAUCCAGCUGGAGCUUUAAAACUUAUGACCGUUACAGUACUAUAUCCAGCUGGACAGCAGUAUCUGUUUGUACUUACAGGCGUACGUCUACGCGUGGCGCUUGUUAGUAGUGGCAGCGCACGCUUUCUUGGUUCUUCUCGCUUUUUAGGCGCUUUUCUACAGUUUCCUGUUUUUUAGAAUAAUCACGUGGUUCGACCGCACAUCGGUUCAAAUGUCUGGACCAACCUGGACCAUUCCCAUUAGGUGGGGCCCAUGCCAUUCAUCAUCUCCACUGGCUGACAAAAUGUAUUUCGUACCUGUAUUAAGUGAACGAUCAUUUCUGCGACGUAGAGGGAUACGAUCUAGGCCGUCCAUGACGUUGGUUUUCUCUGGGUCAGUUGCAUGUUUGGUGGGCCCUGUUACACAUCUGUUGUAUGAUGACGAUUUUUUUUUUCUUUUUAAUGACGAUGGACAUGAUGAUUAAUAAUAAGAUGCUUGGUAGUGGGCCCAGAAAUAAUGAUGGCUUUCACUGUAAAGUUUAAGUUUCA